AUGGGGGUCAUUCUCGGGGUCGCUGUUGGCGCGGAGACCGAAGCAUUCAUUAUGAACGUAAUUCAGAUUGUACGUGACCACUGGGUACAUAUACUUGUCCCUAUGGGAUUUGUCCUUGGAUGUUAUCUAGACAGAAGGAAUGAUGAAAAGCUAACUGCCUUCCGGAACAAGAGUUUGUUAUUUAAAAGGGAAUUGAGACCCAAUGAAGAAGUCACCUGGAAGUAAAGGCUGUGGCUGAAUUACAGAAUGUUCACAUUUUUAAAAUUAAGAGAGAAAUAAAA